AUGUCGACCGCCAACGGCAAAAUCGCGCCCAACGUCGGCCUCCAGGGCGGUGUCGAACCUUCCAACGUCGGCACCAAAGAAGUGCUCGUCGGCCGUGCUCUCGCCAGGCUGAGGUCAGUACUCUCUUUUCUCUCCUUUUCUCUCAUCCCAUUUGGGUGCCCUGGCUCUUUGAACGUUCGAGCGGGUCGACGCUACAAAACAUGGGGGUACGCCGCAACACAUCCCUGUGCCGGGAAGCGAUCGCGGUUGCCAGUCAUAGGCUAUCUCAACUGCGCGAUCGACGUCACGGGGGAGGCUCUGCUCUGGCUGCGACCGGCGAGUGCGCGGCGGGUGAGCGGCUGCGAUCCGCUCUGCCCGCCCGCUUCGUCCGCUCUCUUCAAAAGACUGCGAAAUACACGCCGGACGAAAGCUCGAGUGCGCAUUCAUCGCUCGGGAGUGUUCGGCAGGUGACCUCUCCAAAGGACCAGGUCAUCGCCCUUCCUCACCUGUUCUGGUUCCGCAAAUGAUCUGACUGUACUUUUGCUCACUUGUCCCUCAUCUCCGACGUUGCUGCUGCUGCUUUCAACGACGUGCGCCAACGCGCUCCAUGACCUACGCCUACUCUGGUCCUACGAUGUUGCUCCCGCUACGACCUCAGGACGAUCCCCGGAGACUUGGAAAAGUACACCUUCCUGGCCAGUCUCAAGUCGCGGAAUGAGAACGUCUUUUACGCGCUUGUCGGAUCCCACAUGAAGGAGCUCUGCGUAGGUUCUUUGCACCCUUUUCGAUGUUGCACAAGGAAGCAGCGUACUGAUCCAACGGGCAAUUCCUGCGACCUACAGCCCUUGAUCUACACCCCCGUCAUUGGUGAGCCUCUGGACUCCCCGGAUUCACCGAAAGCAAAGAAAAAGGGGUUACUGACCAUGAUCCCCGGUGGCAGGCCUCGCAUGCCAGAACUUUUCCCUGAUCCACCCUCCCCCCGACACCAACACCAAGCCCGCCCGCGCGCUGUACCUCUCAGCGCCGGACUUACCGCACCUCCCCGAGAUCCUCGCCAACCUCAAGACGCGGCUGCCGCACGACCAGAUGGAGAUUGCGGUCGUGACUGACGGUUCGCGGGUGCUGGGUCUCGGUGAUUUGGGCAUCGGUGGUAUGGGUAUCUCAAUGGGCAAGCUGUCGCUCUACGUCGCUGCCGGGGGGGUGAACCCCAAGGCGACGCUGCCGAUCGUCGUCGACUUCGGUACCGACAACGAGAAGCUCCUCGGUGACCCGCUGUACGUCGGCAUGAGGCAGCGGAGGAUGAGCGAUGCCGACUGCGAGGCCUGGUUCGAGGUCUUCAUGAAGGAAAUGCACCAGACGUUCCCUAACAUGGUCAGUUUUGUCUCAGAUCCGCGUGGCCUGUAUCUAUUCGCCUCGGCUGACCCUGUGGAGUCCACUCGCGUCCGCCCCUAGAUCAUUCAAUUCGAAGACUUCCACACGACCCUCGCGUUCCCCCUUUUGGAAAAGCACCGUGAGCGCUAUCCGUGCUUCAACGACGACAUCCAGGGCACAGGAUCUGUCAUCCUCGCCGGUGCGAUUCGCGCUUUCGCGCAAAACGGAAUCCCGCUCAAGGAACAACGCAUCCUCUUCUUUGGCGCGGGUUCGUCCGGCGUCGGCGUCGCCGAGACGAUCAGCAAGCACUUUGAGCUCGCUGGUGGCAUGACCGAGGACGAGGCCCGCAACCGUUUCUGGCUCGUCGACUCGAAAGGUUUGGUCGCCAACAACCGAGGGGACAAGCUGCCGACACACAAGCAGUACCUCGCCCGACGGGAGGAGGACGCGCCCAAGCUCAAGACGCUGCUCGAGGUCGUCAAGCACGUACGCCCGACGGCGCUGAUGGGUCUGUCGACGCUCGGUGGGGCCUUCACACGCGAGAUCCUCGAGUUCAUGGCCCACAUCAACGCCAAGCCGAUCGUGUUUGCGCUCUCGAACCCCGUCGCGCUCGCCGAGUGCACAUACGAGGAAGCGGUCGAGGCGACGAACGGGACGGUGCUGUACGCGUCCGGCUCGCCGUUUGACCCCGUGCAGUUCGAGGGCAAGACGUACGAGCCCGGGCAGGGCAACAACAUGUACAUCUUCCCCGCCGUCGGUCUCGGUGCGAUCCUGGCGCAGGUCAAGACGAUCCCCGAGGCCAUCAUCCACGCCGCCGCGAGGGCGCUCGCCGACUCGCUCAACGCCGACGAGAAGGAGCGUCGCCUGCUGUACCCCGACGUCGAGCGGAUUCGGGAGGUGACCAUCUUUAUCGCCUUGAGGGUCAUCCGUGCGGCGCAGCUGGCCGGCGUCGACCGGAACGAGAAGCUGAGGGGCAUGACCGACAUUGAACUCAACAACUAGUGAGUGCAGGUUACGCGCUAUGUGUUGUGGUGCUGGGCACUGAUCGUCCGUUUUCCGUGCUACCUCGCAGCAUCCGAGGCUCCAUGUACCAAGCCAUGUUGGAACUCUAA